AUUUCUUUUUAAAGGAUCUAUUUUCGUUAGUUGCCGGAUCAGAUUCAUAACAUACAUCUUCAAGUCUUUUAAUUCAGGCUUUGUUACAUGUACAUUGAAGCUUAAUUUUUGGAUUUGUUUAUAAGGUUGUUGACCCCCUUUCUUUUAUUUUUGCUUUAUUUUUAGAUAGUUUAUGGUGGUAUUGUUAAAUGAGCAACAUAUCUGUCCAUACAUGUAUUUCAAAUGAGUAUAUAUAUUCUUUGAAUGAUAACGGGAAGAAUUAAUCUACCGCUCCUAUCAUGAAUUUCCGACCCGGGAUCUUCUUUGACUCCAAGUAACACGAUAAUUUUUUUUUAGGGUGGUGUAUAAAAUACAUUGUUGUUUUUGUCAUCGUUUUGCUUCUUUCUUUUUCACCUCUUCUUAAACGAUCCAUCCAUCCGUCUAAAUGCCUCCAUCCAAGAAGUCUACUGGCAAGAAGGUUGCCCCUGCUCCUUACCCCAUCAAGGGCAAGCAAACCACCAAGGCUACCGCCAACCCUUUGAUCGAAAAGACUCCCAAGAACUUUGGCAUUGGUCAGGACAUUCAACCCAAGCGUGAUGUUUCUCGUUUCGUCAAGUGGCCCCAAUACGUUCGUCUUCAACGUCAAAAGAAGAUCAUCUACCAACGUCUUAAGGUCCCUCCUGCUUUGAACCAAUUCACUCAUGUCUUGGACAAGAACACUGCCACUCAAGUCUUCAAGUUGUUGCACAAGUACAGACCUGAAUCCAAGGCUGAAAAGCGUGAUCGUCUCCGUGCUGCUGCUGCUGCCAAGGCUGAAAAGAAGGAAGUUGCCAAGACUGACAAGCCUGUUGUUGUCAAGUACGGUAUCAACCACAUCACCGCUUUGGUUGAAGCCAAGAAGGCUCAAUUGGUCAUCAUUGCUGAUGAUGUUGACCCCAUCGAAUUGGUCCUUUGGUUGCCCGCUCUCUGUCGUAAGAUGGGUGUCCCAUACUGUAUUGUUAAGGGUAAGGCUCGUCUCGGUACUCUUGUUCACAAGAAGACUGCUACUGCUAUUGCCUUGACUGAAGUCUCUGAAGCUGAUAAGGCUGAAUUGGCCACUGUUGUCUCUGCUGUCAACACCAACUUCACUGCCAAAUGGGAAGAAGAACGUCGUCACUGGGGUGGUGGUAUCAUGGGCCCUAAGUCCAACGCCAAGAUGGCUAAGCGUGCUGCUCUUGCCGCUAAGGAAAUUGCUGCUCGUCAGUAAACUCAUCCGUAUACAAUAAAUUAAACGUAAUUUGUCAUAACCCUCUCAUUCUCUUUUCACAUCUUCUGUAAAUAAAACCCAUUCUUCAUCUCUAA